UUCAUUUGAUUAUAUCACAUUGCUAUUGCCAUAACAAGCUUUUUAAAGUAAUAUAGCAUUUUAUCUAUAGAAAAUAAGAGGUUACAGUCUCUCAUAUUAGAUCUAACAUUCCGAAAGUAGCGCUUAUUUUCUUGGGGAUUGUGUUGGAACUUUAGAAGUAGAGAUUCUCAUAUUUGACUAAACAAUAUUCACUGGGUCUAUGCCAACCCUGAAAUUUCACAAGCAAGUGCACAUGCAUUUAAAAAUCCUAUAAUAAAAGUAUGUUCUCGCCAAUGUCAAUUUUAAUGUCAUUUAAUGCUUACUAAUGCUCUAAUGCACUAAAUCUAUUUGUUUAAUGUUAUUACUGAUUUUCUCUUUCUUCCUCAGGUGUUUUCACUUACCACAGGUUGCCUCAUUACACCUGGUUCACCUCCAGAUACCUCUCUGUGCUUGACCACAGUGUUUACUGUUUAUGGCGACCCACUGUGGAAUUACUGCACACAGUGGAUGGGAAAUAGACUACUAAAAUUCCCCAGCCUCUGGACAACUGGUGAAGGAAAGAGUGGAAAACACUCUAACACAGAGGAGUUAGGACAGUUGAGAAAAGUUUAGAGACAGUCAUCAUCCAGAUUUCUUCUUCCAACUUCAUCAUCCUUCAUCAUGGCUGCCAGGCAGAGAGCCAUGUUCCUCGUGGUGGUGGCCUUCUUUCUGCCAGGCCUCAUUCACAGCUUCAAACCACUCUUCUCAUUUGAUGGGAAUUCCACAACUCACCGUGACAUCACACAAAGGGCGGUCCUCAGAAAGGCAGCUGAAGUCUGCCGAGACAUUGCUGCUUCCGAGGGACGGGACUUCAGCCUGACUGUUGAUGACAGCCUGUCAGUCGACCAAGUGCAAAGAGCCUGUUCCUCUACAAGUACCCCGACUUCUCUCCGCCCAAAUGUCAUGUUCCGAUCUUCCAUUGCCAGUAUGUGCUUCAACAAUGCACAAGUCGAUGUGAUUUUUGCGCUGAGUGAGAAGCACCAUUUUGAUGAUGAGACAUUCCAGGGAGGACGGGAUCUCAUCACAGCAGGUGUGUCUGCUGUGAAGGCCAGUGUGAAGCUGAACAACUUUGUCACAGCAAGGUGGACUCUUGGACGAGUCUGCCACACCCUACAGGACUUCUACAGCCACAGUAACUGGGUGGAGCUGGGGAAAACCACUCCUUACAGCACUCUGAUUAGACCAGACCAACCUCUUGAGAACCUGGCAGGCCCAAGUACUCCAACCUGUAGAAAUUGUGCAGGAAAGAAUUGUGCUAACAACCUUCUGCCCGACCUGCUGCAGCAGGGGCUUCUCACUUCAGGCUACUUCAACAUAUUCUCCUCAGCAAAGCCUGCAGGUAAAUGCAGCCACGGUGGAUCAUUCGACCGGACAAGCAUACAGAACCCAGUGGGGGGCAUAAACAAGGACGAGGUUGGAUCCAGUCAUGGGUCACUUCACCACAAAGCAGCUGAUUUGGCUGUGACUGCCACUAUGGAACUACUGGAGGACAUCAGAGUAGCUGUCGGAGACAAGAGUUUCCUGCGAUUGAUGGGCCUCUCCCAGUCCUCUGUGCUGUGUUUUGUCAUUGACACCAGAGGCAGUAUGAGCAAUGACAUAGCCGAGGCUAAGAGAGUUUCUUUCCACAUCAUUGACAGUAAGAAGGGAACCCAGCAGGAGCCCUCCGCCUACGUACUGGUACCUUUCAAUGAACCAGGUUUUGGACCUUUGAUUACAACAACAAAUGCAGACGUCUUCAAAGAUGGUAUCAACAAGCUGUCUGCACGUGGAGGAGAAGACCUCCUAGAGUCGUGCUUGUCUGGACUGCAGCUUGCACUGACUGCUGCUCCAUGCUCAUCUGAGAUCUUUGUCUUCACUGACGCUCCAGCUAAAGAUGCUCAUCUGAAAAGCACCAUCACUGCCCUUAUAGAGAGCACCAAGUGUGUGGUAACUUUCAUAUUGACAGACAUCCUGGCCAGUCGGUGGCCAUGGGGCCGCAGAGGUCCACGUACCAUGAGCCAAUCAGAUGCCCAGUUGUACCAUGACCUAGCUCGAGUCUCUGGUGGUCAGGCCAUAGAGGUCACCAAGUCAGACCUCUCUUUGGCUACAAGUGUCAUAGAGGAUUCAUCUGCCAGUGCUGUGGUGACAGUUUUUCAGGUAGUGAGGAAUCCUGGAAGGCCUGAUACUUUUACAUUUACUGUUGAUGGCUCUUUAAGGAACAUGACUGCCUACAUCACAGGAGCCUCAUCUCUCACCUUCAAUCUCACCAGCUCCACAGGUGUGUCUCAGAGUUCUAGUCAGUCCAGCGGUCCUCUGGCAUCUUUUAAUACAGCAGGAAACCUACGUCGUUUGAGCAUCAACAUUGAGAAUCAAACAGGAUUGUGGGAAAUCAGUGUUUAUUCCAAUAACGCCUACUCUGUUAAGGUCACCGGUCAAAGUUCAGUGAAUUUUAUUUAUAACCUUGUGGAAGCUCAUAAAAGAAACCACACAGACUUCAGUCUAAAGGAGGGACGUCCUCUUUCAGGUGGAAAUGCCAGCCUCUUGGUCUCUGUGACAGGAAGUGACACAGUAAAGGUCACAGAGGUCGCUCUGUUUGACAGCUCCGGGGCAACAGAGGUCAUUGGAUCAUUGCAGUCAGUGGGAAGUGGUAACUUCCUGGUCACAUUCACUGGAGUCCCAGCAGGUGACUUUGUGGUUCGGCUGAGAGGGGAGGACAGCAGCUCCACCUCCAGGUCAAAACGGAGCAGCUUCCAGAGACAGGCCUCGACACACAUCAAGACCUCCAGCAUCUCUGUUACUGCCCAAGCCAGCCACACCAACAUAGAACCAGGCUCCACCAUCUCCAUCCCUUUCACAGUCGCCACAACCACCAAUGGAGUUGUUAACGACUCUGCAACUAGGACAUUUGCAGUGCGAGCCAACAGUGACCGCGGCUAUACUUUAACUUCACCCAGCAUGGUCAUCAUAGCAGCGGGCAGUGGUGGCAAUGGCAGUGUGACCUUAACAGCACCAGUCAGCGCUGUAUCAGGAACAGACGUGACCCUUACCAUUGAGGCAGAAAAUGCAGCUGCCACUGACAGCAACUACACUGUCCUCAGGUUUUCUGUGGCUGCCAAGGUGACAGAUGUUACCCGUCCAGUGUGCCAGGUAGUCAGUAUAUCAACUUGCUGUCUGUCCUCUUCAUCGCUCUGUGCUUCCUCCCAGUGGGCAUUCAUCGCUAAUCUCACUGAUGGCAUCAAUGGAACUGGCAUUGAGAGCAUCACCAUCCAUCAAGGGAACGGUACCCUGAAUAGCUCAACGGCAGGAGGACAUGGUGAGAACAUUACAGUGGCUACUUACAGCGCCUCCUGCAGUUCACAGAAUGUAGUGCUGGCAGCUGUGGACAGAGUAGGUAAUGUGGGGACCUGUGUGGUACAAGCCAGAGUGUCUGCCACAGCUUCACCUGUGACUGCAGUUAGCAUGACUUCCACUGGAGGUCACACUUUGAGCAUAUCGCACUGUCUCUGGAUCAGUGUUGUGGUUUCUCUCCUUUGAAUGGAAAAAUCAUCAUGUGUAUCUCUUAAUGUCUAAUCAAAUGUAGAUGGGCCUGGGGGGGGGGAGGAAUCAAUCAUCUCUCUUACAAAUCAAUAGUAAAAAUGUAAAAAGUAACAAGUGUACCUAGUUGUUGACAGGUUGUCUUGUCUACUAAAAAUUAAAGAGUGAUUUCUUUCAACAUCCACCUACAAAAAGUAGUUAGAAAGCAACAGAGCUGUAGUUAUUUCAUGUUAGAACAAGUGGGCCAAGUCAUAGUCUGCUCAAUCAUUUUGAACUUGUACUAGUAUUUCCAUUUUAUGCAACUUUAUACUUCCACUACAUUUAAGAGAAAAAUAUUGUACUUUUUACUCCACUACAGUUAAGCAGUUACUUUGCAGAUUCAGAUUUUACAUACAGAGCACACGAUCAGCUUAUAAAAUAUGAUGCCUUGUUAAAUAUCAAGCUACCAAACAACAUGUAAGUACAUGUUGCUGCUAAUCAUUUUCAACAUCUACUAAAGUAAAAUUUUGAAUGCAGGACUUUUACUUGGAAUUGGAAAGGAUCUUACUUCUUCAUACUUCUUCCUUUAUUGUAGGUAUGACUUUACACUUCAGUUAUCCACAGAAAUAAGAAUAAACACACCUGAAAACAAAAAUAGGUCCAGAAAUGCAUCACUAGUGAUUGUUAAAUAGUGUUAGUGUUUAGGGUGGAUUUUUCCUUUAAAUGGUUUAAAUGGACCAGAUGCAUGGCGAAUGCACAUCAUCACCAGCUGGUGGUAAUUUGCAAGCUGCACAGUAUGGUUUUCAUGGGCAA